CCCUCUUGGAGAUGCGUGCCCGCGGAGGCUCUUUCUCUCCUCGCCACCGUCCGCCGGCCGCCCAAUCUCCGUCUAGGGGUGUCUCUCGAUUUUGAUGCGAAAUCUCAUCUUCAGUCUCUGAGCUGAGAUUAGUGGUGGUGGGAUUGGGAUGAUGGAGGGGGAGAACGGAGUUGAGAAGAAGCAGCGCGUCGACUCCGGCGAGAGUGGUAAGAAAGCGGCGGCGCUGUUCAGCGACGAGGAGGUGGGGGAUAUCAAUGGUCUUACGGUCGGGGAUGAUUACGUGGAGGUGACGUGCGGGUGCACCAGCCACCGCUACGGCGAUGCCGUCGGGAAACUUAGGGUUUUCUCCAGCGGCGAGCUUGGAAUCGUCUGUGAAUGCAUCCCCGGUUGCCAAGAAGAUAAGAUGACUCCAGCUGCGUUUGAGAAGCAUUCUGGAAGAGAAACUGCAAGGAAAUGGAAGAACAAUAUUUGGGUCAUUGUUAACGGUGAGAAGGUUCCUGUGGCAAAGACUGCACUGCUCAAGUAUUAUAUUCAAUCUUCAAAGCAUGCAAACGGCUCAAAUAAGUCAAACACUCCAAAAGUCUGCCAUCGCGAUGAAUUCAUCAGGUGCACUGUGUGUAAAAAACAUCGCAGAAUCCGCCUUCGUACACCCGAGGAAUGCCGAAGUUUCCAUGAUGCUCUUGCUAAUACUAACUGGAAAUGCUCCGAUAUGCCUCACGACAAAGUGACAUGCGAGGACGAGGAAGAAAGAGGAAGCAGGAGAGUGUACAGAGGAUGUUUGCGCGCGCCGACAUGCCGGGGGUGCACCUCAUGCGUCUGUUUCGGAUGCCAAGUCUGUCGCUUCCCAGACUGCCCUUGCCAGAGUUGCAUUGAUUUCACCACCAAUGUCAAACCACCAUCAACUACUACUUAACUCUUUUAGCCUCCUCAACAUCUUUUCUUGUUUCUGUAGUAGGGACCAAUUUCGAUUCAAACAUUCUAUCCGUGACUUUCGUUUCUAAUUCUCCGUUUAUUAAUUAAAGAGCAUCCGUGACUUUUACUUCAUUU